CCGGACAGAAUCUGAGCAAGAUUCAAGCCCCGAUGCAGCCUGCAGCAUUCUUCUUCUCUCAGCUCUUCAGCCAACUCGUUGCAGGGCAUAACCAGACAAAAUGAGUUCCAUGGAAGUCAAGCCGGCCGAGCCCGUUGCCGUUGUCCCGGAGUCGGUCCUCAAGAAGAGGAAUCGAGAUGAAUCCUGGGCGAAAGCUCGGGCUGACGAGCUGCGCGAGAAAAGGACUAAGUACAAGAAGAACAGAGUAGUGAUCUUCAAGCGGGCGGAGCAGUACAUCAAGGAGUACCGUGCCCAGGAAGCUGAUCUUGUCCGUCUGAAGCCGUUGGCGAAGCUCAAGGGUGGGUUCUCUGUUGAGGCGGAACCAAAGGUCAUGUUCAUCAUCAGAAUCAGAGGUAUCACUCAUUUGCACCCCAAGACCAAGAAGAUUUUGCACCUUCUCAGGUUGAGCCAGAUCUUCAACCCUGUGUUCUUGAAAGUGAACAAGGCCACCAUCACCAUCAUCCGCCGAGUUCAGCCCUACCUCACCUAUGGGUACCCCAGCCUCAAGAGUGUCAAGGAGCUUAUCUACAAGCGUGGGCACGGGAAGGUCAACAAGAUGGAGGAUCCCUUUGAUGGACAACGCCAUCGUCGAGAAGGAGCUCGGCAAAUUCGGCAUUAUCUGUAUUGAGGACCUGAUUCACGAGAUCUACACUGCUGGGCCCCACUUCAAGGAGGCGAGGGGCGAACAAUUUCCUCUGGCCGUUCAAGCUCAACUGUCCUCUCAGAGGAUUGAAGAAGAAGAGAUUGCAUUACAUUGAGGGCGGUGAUGCGGGUGACAGGGAGACGAAGAUCAAUGCGCUCAUCCAGAGAAUGAAUUAGGUUUUCUGUU